GCACUGUAUCCUUCCCUGAGAGUACUCUCAUCGUUCGCCCAUUUUAGCGAACUCGCCCACCAUCACGAGGGAAGCCUUUUUCACGAGACUACAGCGUGAGGGCGAAAGAAGAAGGAUCUAUAUACAUCGUCGGAAUUUUGAUCAUGGUUCAGGAUACCCGUUGGCCUGCGAAGAUACUGAUCGCCCUUAGGGGUGUGCAGUUGGUUUUCGCUAUUAUUUUGUUGGGGCUGUCUGCGUACAUGGUCUCGAAGAUAGAUGACUGGUGAGCCUUUUCUCUUCCUCCCUCCAACCGAUUGGUGGUUUGUGCCCCGAUUGGACUAACGGCAAGUCUGUCUGCCCGUCAGGUGGGCAUGUAUUACUCUUGUCUCCGCACUUUUCUCUCUCAUUUACAUCGGGAUCAACUUCUUCCUUUUGUUCUCAAACCUGCUGCUACCGCUGGCUAUCACGAUUACCGAUGCUUUCCUGGCAGUCUUCUGGUUGAUAUCCAUGGCCGGAACCGGGGAUAGCGGCAUCCUUUCCGUCAGCGAUUGUGGCGAUUACUACUAUUUCUAUGCAUACUUAAGUACCGUUUGUCAAGUUUCUAAGGCCUCCUUUGCCCUAUCCCUUCUUCUUAUGUAAGUUCUCUACCGACAGGGUAAACCAUUUCUUAAGAAUUUGAAACUAACGAGCCCCCCUCUCCUUCUCCAGGCUUCUAUUCAUUGGAUCUCUCGUUCUCGCGUCCAUGGUCCUCUUCAAGAACCGAAAAGAUCUCCGAGGGGCCAAGUAUAACUCGGGAAUGGACCCAGACGGCCACCCUCUACCAGACCAUGCCAAUGCUGCCCCCGCCGUUCCCAAUGCCGUCCCGAUGGACAGUGUCCCCGGUCAAACCCAAUACUACCAGGACCCCCCAAAGAACGAACAGUACCAGCAGUCGUCCACCCCACAGCAGUACCAGACCACUACUUCGCCGGCGUACUACAAUGCGACAGCGGCAACCCACCCGAUUGAUCCAUCGGCUGCGCCGGCCCACUACCCACAGGAUGCUGGAUAUCCGCAAGCGGGAGUUGAAUCUCCGCCUCCGCCGCCACCGCCAGUUAACGCUGCGGAGAUGCCGGCGCGUUGAUCUCUCCCUUUUAUUUUGUAUGGGGUGGUUCACGUUGAAAUUUGGUUCAGAACGGUAAUUGAUGUUUCGCAAUGGGGGUUUUCUCGAACUGGAAAUAUAUCUAUGGGGUUUCAUGUUUUUAUUUUCGCUUGGAUAUUUAACCUUUGGAAUGACUGGGCGUCGCGCGUGGCCCUUGACGAUCGGUUCAAUAUGGGGGGGUUUUUUUUUUCUUUUUUCUUUUGUUGGAAAUAAUAUUAGCGGUGGAGACUGGCUUGACUUGCAAUAGCGGGAGGGAUCCCAUGUCUACCGCGUCGCACUAAUUGGAUUUGUUGGCUGGGCUGGAUGGGGCUAGGGGUCGUACUCGUACUACCAGCGCGCUGUGUGACGCGGCGUUUUCACUGUGCCUCUACUGUAAUUUGGGGUUGCGGGUGUUCUACAGGUAGUAGUACUCGUACAAUCUCGUACGAGUACAUACAGUAUUGUGCGGAGAGUGCUUUGC